UGUGGAGUAUGGCCAGUCAACUGGCUAGUGCUACUUUAGGAGUGUUCGUUGCCCACAGGACUGAAAGAAUGUAAGCGAAGGCAGAGAGAUGAGAGCCUGAUUGGCUGACAGAGAAACAAAGGGAACAGAGAACUUUAGCUCAUCGAGGUGGAGACUAGUCUCAUUGCAUUGCAGAUAAAGAGAGGAACCUUUGGCUGCCACAGCACAGCCAUCAUAGAGAACCAGCCUCUCUUUUUCAUCACUCUCUCCUUGUUCUCUCUGGCCUUGUAUCUGCUGCAAACAAACGCAAGAUCCCCAAGACGAAAGGCUUUGGGCACCAGUCUCGCACUAGUCCUCGAAGAAAAAUCCACCACAGCUGCUCCUCUUCCUGCCUGCCUCUGGAAGCUCGCUCCUGGCCCACUUUGAUCGACCUAUUGGCCGCUCUGUUUCUCCGGCUUCAUUGGCCCCAAGAUGGACCGCUCAGCGCGGGAGCUGUUCAUCAACUUCAUGAUUGUCUUAUUCACGGUCCUACUCAUGUGGCUGCUUGUCAAAGCAUACCAGAACUGAACCCGCUAAUGGAAAAAAUGGAUGAAAGAAUGUUCUGGAAGGAAGGGGGGUUUGGAUAUAACCUGGCACAGUAGUUUGGUUAAAGAGACCAUGUGCCGAGCGUUUACAGCAAAGGAUAUGCUGGUUCAGACAUGUUGCAUGCUCAGCUUUUUAUUCCCAGUCUAGCGGCACACUGUUUAGAAUGUGACCUACAUUGUAUUCAUGGUCAGGUUAAUGUCUGAGAUAAGAUACAGAGAAUAUAUUGCUGAAGUAAUAACUCAGAAAUACUUUGUUGUUUCAUAUUAGGUCAAAAAUAUAAGAGAUGGAAUCAAAGGCACCUGAAUUUUUUAUUUAUUUUUAUUCCAGCACAGUUACGGGACUUGAUACAGACCCUUAUAUGCUUAACAUUUUUUCACUCAAAUGUUCUGAAACAUUAGGAGCAAUUCUGGGGGUAUGAGAACACAAUAUAAAUAAAAAAAAAUUGAGUUUGCAAUGAAAAUAAAAAUUAAUUUGUACAGUUGUUCCACAUACCACCAUUCAUUAGUUUAAUAAUUCAGAGGCUGUUCACUUUUCUAUUACAUUUUGUUCUAAAUGGCUGCAUAGAAAAUCCUCAUCUGGGGACCGUUCAUAUUAUAUGGAUUUCACAAUGUGACCUAAACCCCUAUAAACAAACACAUCACAAUAAAUAUUCCAGCUGCCAUUGCAAACUUAAAAAAGUAGACGGACGAGAAAAGUAUCUCAAUGUAUCUGGUACUUAAAACAUAGCAACGAAUCAUAGAUUUCCCCGGGACCAUGAUAAUGGGGUAAACUAUAAAAAAAAAGGUAACAAGAAACUAUAACAAAGAUGGAGUGUAUCUCCCUUAGAGAGCAUAGUGUUGAUAUCCUCCAUAGUCUUCUUGGCACAGCUCGGUUAAAUACUCUGAUUAUUCACUUUUUCCAAAUUGGUCAUCAAGCGGGGUAGUCUAGCUUAGAAAUGUUGAGACUAAGGAGAGCCCAUGUCCCCUGCAAGAAUACCUACUGGCUUUUUGACAUGGAUGAAGUACAGUACAUCCACUUGCAUGCUUGCAUGUACGUCCAUGAAUGCACAAAUGCAUGCGUUAUGCAAUGCACUGUACAUUAUGCUGGAUCACCUCUCUCCCCCCAGGGGUCUCUGUAUCUGUUGAAGCUAAGGAGCUGACAGUGAAAGUCAGUGAGGCCUCUGGGCAUUGGGGCCACUUCCUCCCACUGACU